GAAACUCCAGUCUGGUUUUGGGCCGAGACGCCUGCCGCGCACCCAUAUCUGAUGGGUUCUGGAAGCGGGGGCUCAUAAAGAUGGGCGUGGAUUGUUUAUGCGGACUGGGUUUUGUGGAUUGGUUCUGUGGACUGGGUUUCGUAGCUUAAUGUAGGUUGGUCUUGUGGACUGGGUUUGAUGAAUGUGGUCUUCGUUUCUCCGGAUAGCACACCCAGGACCACUGGUGGAAAAGCGCGAAGGACGGGGCCUGUCUGGUUUGUCCAGGCCCCACGCCCUCGAGCGCCCGGCUGUUGAGUCGCGCCUUUCGGGCCGCAAAUUACUGGGACAACAUGCGCAAUGAACCACGACUCUGGAGCCGAGUCAUGGGGCCUGUUUGUUGCAAUGCACCCAAGAGAACAGAUGAACAAGACAUAUGAAAGCAAUAAAAUACAGAAAAACAAAACCAAUACAAAACCAAUACAAGACAAAAAACCAAUGCAAAAAAAAAAACACAUCAUAAACAGGACGAAAGAAAAGAUCCCUGCCUUUGGGCGGACCCGUGGCUGGCUUUCAGGUCCGUCAGAGGUCACUGUUGCGGGCAUUGGCUUGGGGCCGGCAUGGACCGAUCCGCGACGCCUCGCUCCGGGGCCCCACCUCCCCAAACUAUGAGCCCAUGGAAUCGGCCCGUCACUCCCAGUAGCGAGCUUAUUUUCUGUUUUUUUUUUUAUUGGCUCCUCCUUGUCAUGGAGCCCAGGGCUCUUCCCUCAGGGCCGGGCCUCCCCGUGUGCCGGGGCCGUGCGGGCCGCCGCGCGAGAGAAACUGGGGUAAGCAGGCGCUACGCUCCACGUACCUACACAGGCCAAUACAUCCAGGCCCCGUGGCGACGAGGCCUGCCUGCGCCCAGCGAAAAAGACCGCCUUUCAUUGAUCUAUUAAUUUACCUAUUCACGUAUUUACUUAUUUGUUCGCCUA